UAAUAUUUCAUCAUUCUCAAAUCGCAUGGGAACGGGCGCCGGAACAUCGCCAAAAUUUGAAAAUGAUCCCUUGGGUCCAUAUCACAAUUUAUUGAUGAUGUGUGGAUUUAUAAUUGGUAUCGGUGUAAUUAUUUACAUAUGGAUGAUAGCGAGAAAAACUAUAAAAGAUAUCGAAGAAAAUGAAGAGAGGGACGAACAUUAUGUCCUUGAAGAUGGAUUAAGCAAUUGCAAUGAAAAUGUGCAGGAAGCAGCUACAAAAGGAAUCAGAUACCGAUAUUCAAUAUUUGAUGAAUCGGAUGAACUUGAUGCAUGCGAUGACUAUAAUGGUGAUGGAGAUAAAUGUGAGACUGAGGACGUAAAGCAGGCAAUGUCAUUAAAUAAAAAGCAACCAAAUCAAAAUGUUAAUGACGAGGAGGCGUUUACCAUCUAUCAAACAAUUUAG